UAUUAAUAUAGAUUAUCAUGUGGCCUGAAAAUAAUAUAAAAAGAAUUAAAAUGCAAUUAUAUUGUUAUUGUUCAACAGAUGUCUACAUUGACUGAAAGUUGAUGUUUUCUUUACCAUUCACCUGAACUCACCUGUUCUCCCACCCACCCACCUGUGUGUGUGUGUAGUGUAGUGUAUUUAUUAAUUAAUUCCUUUUAGUUCCGUCCUACUGCGGACUUUGGUGUGUAAUAUACGUGCAAUGGAAAUUGAACAGCCAAAAACCAUCACCAAAUAAUUUCAACCAACAAAUAAUGUAAAAUAAUCCAAUUCGUCCGCAAAAUUCCGACCAUGGCUGAUGAAGAAACUGCCAAAAAUCCACCACCGACCGUGCCUGUCGAGGCGCAGCCUUCCACUGCGAACCUGACGCCCCAAAAGCCCCAAAAUUGGGUGAAAUUCGACGAGGAACAGCACCAAAACGAGGAACGCAACGCUGCGGCCAUCAUAAACACCGAGAGUGUUCAAUUGAACGUUGAAAGGAGCCUCAGCAGGCCCGCCGAGGGGCCCAACAAUGUCGCUGUUUUGGAUCCCAAGCCGCUUCGGAAUGUCGAAUUGCCCAUAGCCACUGUCGAACCCAUUCGACAAGGUUUCUCGAAUGGCGAUAUAAUUGUAACUCUGUUACCGGUAAAUACAAGAUUUCCGUGGAUUACUCCAGCACAAUUCCGUCCAGAACUAGUGCCUGAGGAGCUCAUGGCCCAAGGACUUACCCUCACAGUGGAGGAAUAUGUCCAAGCCAUGGAGCUCUUAGUCAACGAUGUGAGAUUUUCUUUAUACAAUGUCUGUUAUAAGCGCGUGUUGUUUUUAUGGUUGCUGUUAUCGUUUCUAGUUUUGCUAGGGUUACUUUUUUCGGGUUUGCAAGGUCUCACCCUCUUCGGUUUAGGUAUAGGUUGGCUGUUACUGAACGUCGGGGCCAUAUUUUUAUCCAUGUACAUAAAAUUCCGGCUGCAGAGGAACUUGGAAAAAUGCCUUGCCAACGUCAAUAAGCAUCUUCUAAGGCAUAAAAUAUUGUUGACUCUCGAUGAUAGAGGGAAGAUUAGUUGUCACAAGGUGGCGCUGUGUUUCAUGUAUUUGGAUUCUGCGCCGUGCAUAGCGCACAUUCAAACGUCUAUAGACCAACAAGAAAGAGACCACAACAACGGCUGGGAGCAAAGAAUGGAUAUAUCGGUGCAGGAUAUCGUUAUACAGGGUAGCCGAACAACCAGGUUAUCUCGGAAACAGGAAAGAGCCACGUUGUUGUAUCUCCGCUACGCCGCCAGGUGGGGCAGGGAUCGGGUGAGGGGGUACCUGACCAGCCCGCCGGCUUCGGGCGGACGCCACUGCUCAGGCUUGACGUGCCCAUGCCAAUACGUAGAAGAGCACUUGCAUUGUAAACCACCAGGACAAUCCCCGGUUAUUCCCAACUGGAUGGGACUUUAACAAUUUUCUUUAUCAUAAACUUUAGCUUUGUUAAAGAGGUGCGGUGUUACCAGGAAACUACCAUCAAUUAUUGAGUGCAUUACAAUUUUUUUCUAUAUAAUUAUUAGUAAAAAUAAGCCUACAAGAGUUCUAGAAAUGUUUUGAUACCUCUACAGGAACAAAUAACCUGCGUUUAAUUGAGAAACUGAGCUCUUGAUCGUUUUGAGAGACGGUUAAUCAGGAGUUCCAAGAGGAAUAUUAUCGUGCUGAUAAUAUAGCCGAGUCCUAGUAUAGUAAAAGUACCGGCUACGUGCGUCCAUUUUAAUUUUACAAUAUACUCCCGAUUUUUUUGAACGUGCGGGUUCACAGCAUUCUGGAUGUGCGAAUCCAUGUACAACAAUGUUGCCUAGAACAUCAUACAAUUAUUUACUAAUAAUAACUACAUUCAAUGCUUCUUCAUUAAUAUGAAGAAGUGACGUCAUGAGGAAAAUUAUUGAACAUACUAUAUGCACCGGAG